UGAUAAAUCAAACCCGGGCGACCUUUUAGACCUAAAUGGGAUCAAAAUUACAUAAAUUCGAAAUUUUAUUCUAUGGUUCGGUGUGGGUAACCUCAGUUUGUUACUCUAUCUACAAAGUCUACUUAGCUGGAACAUUGUUUAACCAUACUGAUAUUGGGGAUGACUUCUCUGUUAGCUGGCAUGGAUUUAAAAAAGAUAUUGCGGAUUACGAAUGGACCACAUGGCUACCGUUUAUUAUUUUCACUAUCCCUCCAUGGAUCUUAGCUCACCUUGUGACAAGUGAGAUGACACGUUGGAUAGCUCCUAAGGGUAUCCCAGCAGUCUAUUCUACUGUUACUUUUCUUUUCCUCUCACUCCAUUUUAGUCCAGCUGCUGCAUUAUUUGCAUUGGGCCAAGUUGUGGUGUAUUAUGUUAUAUUACGACUGAAGUCUGUGACUCUUGUUUGGAUGUUUGGUGUUCCGUUUCUGCUCCUCUCUUGUUUUGCUCUUCAGGAGUUCUGGGAACAGUGGGGUAGAGAUGACCAGCAGUACACCAUGAUGGUAGUCAGUACGACAUGGUUGCACUUGCACUGCACCAGCUACAGUCUGGAGGCUCUCUCCUCUCACAAACAUAACCUUGGCUGGUCAAGUUUUUAUGAUCUUUUGGGUUAUAGCCUGUACUUCCCUACCUACUUCUUGGGACCCUUCAUUAUUUACAGUGACUUUGGUCCUCAUAUGUACCGGCCAUUCAAAAGGUGGACUAAAAAUAGGGUCUUGAAAUUUUUAUACAAUAUGAUUCGUUACCUCUUUUGGGCAGCAGUGACUGAAGCUUCCCUUUAUUUCCUGUACAUUCAUGCCCUGCAGUAUCAUAUGUCGGUUGUCGUAAGACUAGGAGCUUGGACUUUAUAUGGGCUUGGAUUUCUACUAGGACAGUUUUUCUGCCUCAAGUACAUUGUCGUGUAUGGAUUGAUUGGGACGAUUGCUAAUUUUGAAGGUUACUCAGCUCCCCCUCCCCCAAAGUGUGUGGCUCGCAUCCAUCUGUAUACAGAUAUGUGGAGGGUGUUUGAUGUGGGCUUUUAUAAUUUUAUACACAGGUACAUCUACUCUCCUCUAUGUGCGGGCAGAAAAGAGGUGUCUACUCGUUUGAUGGCGUCAGCUGUGUGUUUUUGCUUUGUGUUUCUGUGGCAUGGAGUCCAUCUCAGCAUAUUCAUCUGGUCCCUCCUCAACUUUCUGGGGGUCUCUCUUGUAUCUUUUGGAAUUCAAAUCUCCAAGACUCAAGAGUAUAAAAAAUGGGAGAUGGAGACACUCAGUGUAGCCAAUGCCAGACGACUCACGGCUCUACUUCUCGCACCAAUGUUCAUCAUGGGACCCAUCUCUAGCUUCUAUUUCUUCAGUGGGAUGAACACUGGCAAUGUUUUCAUCACACAACUAUUAUUUUUUGGUUCCUGGACAUCAGUUGGAGUCCUAAUGUUUGUAGCUUAUUGUAUGUGCCAAGUUUCAAUUGAAAUAAAGACCUGGGAAGAAAAAAACCAGAAGAAUAAGUCAAUUUAGGUGGGGAAUAAUUAUUUUUCUAUUGUUAUUUAAGGAUAUUUUAAUGCUAUUUAGGUGUUUGGAGAGGGAAUGAAAUCAAACGGAAAAAUAAAUUGUUAACAUAAGGUUACGAGGUCAUGGAACGUUAAGUGAACUUCAUAAUCUAAUAUGAAGAAGAAGAACCGAUUCUCAGCUAGUUAAUAAUAAUAUUUCAGUAUUAUUAGUUAUGGAAACUUCCAUUGCCAGUUAAGAGUCUUCAUCACCAGUAAUCUAGUUGCGUUUUGGGGUAUGGCCUUGAGGGGGAAGGUUGUGGGGACAGUCAGGGAGUGAGGGAGUCAUUAUGAAUGCCAUUCUGAAAAUAUUAUAACACCUGACCACUACUCGCGACUAUGCGCCUACUCUCGCACAGCGGCGAACUUCCCUAGCACUGGACGUCGAUCCACACAUAUAAAACUCAUAUCACUGACAUCAUUGCUCUUCUUCCUAUUUAGAUUAUUUAUUGUCUUUGAGAGUCAACCAGAGUGAUUCUGUCCUACAAAACAGUUAUGGACAAGUGUUUAAAAAAAAUCUGUAGCCAUUAUUCAUAUUACUGAUAUAAACUGACAAGUUUGAAUUACUAGUAGGCAUAUAGGUUUUGUACCCAAAAACUUGACAAAUUGGGUAAAAAAAAUUGAAUUUGAAUAAAUAUAGGUCUGCACUUCU